AUGAAGUUUGUCCUUACUGUGAUAUCGGUGGUGUCGGCUUUUGCCUACGUCCAGGCAAAUUUGCCGGCCGCUGCGCCUUGCAACGAGACAUUAUGUUCAUUACCACACUGCAGAUGUUCAACUACAAAUAUACCCGGAGGGUUAGCACCCAACAAUACACCCCAGUUUGUCCUCCUCACUUUCGAUGAUGGAGUUAACGUAAACAACAUUAUACUAUACCGUCAACUUCUCCGUAACCGGGUCAACUCGAAUAGAUGCCGUGCUGCAGCUACAUUCUUUGUAACGCACGAAUACACGGACUACACAUUGGUAAACGAACUGUACAAUGAAGGUCACGAAAUCGCUCUCCACUCAAUCUCCCAUCAAGUUUCAAUGGAGUACUGGAGAGAUGCUAACGUCAAUACCAUGAUGAGAGAGAUCGGGGAUCAAAGAAGUCAAGUGGCUCACUUUGCUAACAUUCCCGUUAACACUGUCCAUGGUGUCCGCUUGCCAUUCCUUCAAAUGUCUGGGAAUUCCUCAUUCCAAAUGAUGGCGAGCUCCGGUCUUACGUACGAUUCUAGUUGGCCUACAAACAAAUACCUAGAUCCUGGUCUUUGGCCUUAUACUCUCAACUUUAGAUCAACUCAAGACUGCAUAAUCCCUCCGUGCCCCACUGGAUCCAUUCCCGGUCCAUGGGUCAUUCCCAUGGUAAGCUGGAUUGAUUUGCAAGGAUUACCUUGCGCCAUGGUUGAUACUUGUUACCACCACCCCCACGGUGCUGAUGAAGAGGGCUGGUACCGAUUCAUCCUACAGAACUUCGAAAGGCACUACAACGGCAACCGUGCACCUUUCGGCUUCUACGUCCACGAAUGGUUCGUCCGCGUUAACCCAGGCCUUAGGUUUGCACUGGAGCGCUUUUUGAACAUGAUUAAUAACCUCAACGAUGCUUUCAUGGUUAAUGCUAAAGAAGUUACCGACUGGGUCCAGAACCCAGUCUCAGUGAACGUAUACCGCCAGAGAUCUUGCAGGAACCCCUUGCGAACGCAGUGCAGUCCCAAUUUCUGCGGACCUCUACGUUCUCCUAUCGCCGAUAAAAACUACUACAUGCAGAUUUGCACAAGAUGUCCCCGUGUCUACCCAUGGGUAAACAACCCCCUCGGACUAUAA